UGUGGAUCCGUCUGCCCAGUUUGCAGAACUGCAACUGAAAAUCCUCAGGAGUUCAUUGAACCAGCUCCUUUUGUUCUACAGACUAUACUAUCAGAACCAGAUUUUCAAUGCCCUACAUGCACACACACUAUAAAACUACACCAGCUGCCACAGCACCAAGAAAGUUGCAUACCAAACCCUGUGACAACACCUAUACAAAAUGAAACCCCAGUGUAAGGGGCAGUUUCAGUUACACCACCACCUCCUCCCCCAGUGACACCCCCACCAGCACUUGCAGCAGCACCUGCAGUAGCUGAACAUGUACCUGCACCAGCACAACUUACAGAACCUGGUCCUGCUACUACCUAUGCAGAGCAACUGACAGUACAACAACUACUACAUAGUGCAAAGGAAGUAUACAGAUCACUUAAAAAAGAAGUUGGAUUGUUUAUCGUUCGUCAGUUCCUCUCACAGUCUCAGGAUGGGACAACCAUUCUCCUAAAAACAGGUGGCCAGGUAGAUAUUUUAAAUAUACAAUGAUAUGUUCAUUUUUGUUUUCUUAAUGACACUACAUUUCAAAACAUGGCAUGAACAACAUGAUUAUUACAUGAAUUUUCAGCCGCUGGAAUUGGUUAAAAGAACCAGGGCCACGAAAACAACUGAUGAGGUGACAAAAAAACUGUUAGACAAAUAUCAAAGAUAG